UUGUGGGGUUGUGGAGUGUGAGUGGAUUUCCAUUCAAGAAGCAGGUUGUUAAUUCCCUGGCAAAUCAUGGCAUCGAAUAUUGCAAAAAGUACCAUUUUCCGUGCUGUCGGGACUAGAGGCUACGCUCAGCUGGCCCCAGUCAGUGGCAGCACUAACUACCAAGUUAAUGUAAAAACGCUACCCAAUAAGCUUGUGGUAGUGUCUGCUGAUAAUGAUUCGCCUCUAGCCAGGGUUUCAAUAGUGUUCCGUGCUGGAGCAAGAAACGAAACGAGCGAAAACCUAGGAGCCGCUCACGUAAUUCGCACCGCUGCCGGUCUCUCGACACAAAACAUGACUCAGUUCGCCAUCACCCGCAACAUUCAACAACUAGGAGCCAGUCUAACCGCCACUUCCGAUAGAGAAACCAUUUCUUACACCCUAGAAGGCACUAGACAAGCCGUGGAAAAAGCUCUACCAUACCUAACAGAAGUAGCCACCCAACAAGUCUUUAAACCAUGGGAAUUGGCCGAACUCUCAGACCGUCUCAGAAUCGAUUUGGCCACAAGACCCUUGCAAUUGCGCGCAGUCGAUUUGCUUCACAAAGCAGCCUUCCGUACGGGUUUGGGCAAUUCGCUUUACGCGCCCAAAUUCCAAAUUGGAAAAAUUUCAUCUGAAACUCUUCAGCAUUACGUGUCGAGCAACUUCACUUCGGCUAGAGGGGCUGUUGUUGGAUUGGGACUCGAUGAAUGCAAAAUGGACGAGCUGGCUCAGUCUUUGACUUUGGACGACAGCAAUGGCCAUGUUAAUGUGAGUCCUUACAAAGGAGGCGAAAUAAGGUCGGACAAAGGUGGGAGUUUUGCCUUUAUGGCUGUAGCAGGUGAAGGGGCUUCGGUUAAAAACCCUAAAGAAGCUAUGGCUACUGCUGUUUUGCAACGGGCGCUCGGAGUUGGACCUCAAAUCAAAUGGAGCACUGUAGAUAAUGGUAUUUUGAGCAAGGCUAUUUGCAGUAGUGAAGGCUACGCCUCUUCUGCUAUUAGUGCUACCUAUUCAGACACAGGUUUGGUUGGGGUUUUAAUUGCUGCGCCUGCUAAAGCUGCAGGUAAAAUUUUGGAAGGUGCAGUUAAGGCUUUGAAGAGUGGCAAUGUUACCGAUGCAGAUGUCGCUAGAGGCAAGAACCAAUUGAAAACAGCCCUGCUGCUUCAUCUGGAAAGCGGCUCUGAAGCUGUAGAAUUGCUAGGAAAGCAAGCUGUUUUGGCUGGGGGUGCUAUGUCUCCCUGUGAAUUGGCUGCUGCUGUUGACUCAGUUUCCACUGCCGAUGUUCGUGCUGCACUUUCGAAGGCUGGCCGAAAACUUACAAUUGCUUCAGUGGGUAAUCUAUCCAAUGUACCAUACGCUGACGACCUAAAAUAAGCUAUUUAAUUGUAGCAUGGCUUUGUAAAGUAUUUAAGUUAUUUUUUUUUUAAUAAUUCAAUGUUCAAUAAAUUUAAUUUUACCUGUUUUAUUUUUGUGUAAGAUUCAUAAGAUUUUUACCCUUUUCAACUACAUACUUUUCCUGUUUCCUCAUUAAAUACUCUAA